AUCAAAAAACGACCUCAGAGCAAACCAAAUCUCUGCUCCACAGCAAUGACCAAGCAAGUAAAACAUCUCAGCCUGUUUGCUACCUUUUUGCUAGUUUCUUUACUAGUUUUGCCACCUUUCUGCAAUGCUCAACCAUCGCCAAACUCACAAGCUGAGGCACUUCUCAAAUGGAAACAAAGCAUAGCCAACCAAUCAAUCCUCACCUCAUGGGCCAUUAAAACCAACCUCUCAAGCUCAAGCCACUGCAAAUGGCUUGGAAUAGCCUGCAAUAAUGCCGGAGAUGUGAUCGGACUGAACCUCGCUUACUCUGGCCUAAAAGGUACGCUCGAGCGCUUAGACUUCUCUUCUUUCCCUCAACUUCUUCGCCUCGAUCUCAAAGUAAACCAACUCACUGGCACCAUACCAAUCACCAUAGGCCUCCUCACAAACCUCCAAUUCCUUGAUCUCUCUACAAAUGCUUUCACUGGCAUUUUUCCACUUUCUGUUGCCAACCUUUCCAUGGUUGUCGAGCUAGACGUGUCGCGAAACAUGAUCAGUGGUGAGCUCGAUUCGGGCUUGUUUCCUAAUGGAACAGAAGGGGCAAAAACCGGGCUUUUUAGCCUCCAGAGGCUACUAAUCCAAGACACUAACAUGAGUGGUUAUAUUCCGUUAGAAUUAGGGAAUUGUAAAAACUUGACUCUUAUUGCUUUAGAUGGGAGUCAUUUCUUUGGUACAAUUCCUAGUUCUUUGGGUAAUUUGAGUGAGCUAACCGUUUUGCGCAUGACAGAAAAUCAACUUUCCGGGGAAAUUCCCUGGAAUAUUGGUACCUUGACUAAAUUAAUCGAUCUUCGCCUGUUUAAAAACCGGUUAUUUGGUUCAGUUCCUCAAGGAAUAGGAAACUCGUCGGCUUUGACAACCCUUCAUAUAGCCGAGAACAAUUUCACUGGUCACUUGCCCCAACAAGUGUGUCGGUAUGGGAAGCUUGUGAAUUUCACAGCUUCCUAUAACAAGUUUAGUGGUCCUAUCCCAAUGAGUCUAAGAAAUUGCACAACCUUGUUUAGAGCUCGACUUGAAUAUAACCAACUAACCGGUAUUCUAGACCAAGAUUUUGGUGUAUAUCCGAGCCUUAAUUACAUCGACUUGAGCUAUAACCGGCUACAAGGUAUGUUCUCACCGCAAUGGGGAGAAUCCAGGCAUUUGACACUGCUGAGAAUUGCUGGGAAUAUGAUUGUUGGGAGAGUCCCCGAAGAAAUAGUUCAGUUGAACCAACUGGUUGUUCUUGACCUUUCUUCUAAUCAACUUUCUGGGGAAAUACCAGUACAACUUGGAAAUUUAACUGAAUUAAGCUACUUAAGCUUAAACGCUAACAAACUUUUCGGUCAAAUACCUUCACAAAUUGGAGCAUUGUCCAAUUUGGGAUAUCUGGAUCUAUCACAGAACAUGCUAAGCGGUCCAAUUCCAAAUCAAAUUGGGAAUUGCAUAAAACUACAGUUCAUGAGUUUGAGCAAGAAUGGCUUGAAUGGUUCAAUCCCAGACCAGAUUGGUUAUCUUGUAGCCUUACAAACUUUGCUUGAUUUGAGUUACAAUUCACUCACUGGAGAGAUAUUGUCCGAGUUUGGAAAGCUUGUAAAUCUUGUAAAUUUGAAUCUCUCCCACAACAAUCUCUCUGGUUCCAUACCCAAUUCUCUAGUUGACAUGGUUAGCUUGUCGUUCAUUGACUUGUCCUACAAUGAUCUUGAGGGUCCUCUUCCUAAUACCAAGGCCUUUAAUUCUUCUCUGAAAUCUUUUGCUAAUAACAAAGAUUUAUGUGGUGAAAUCCAAGGAUUGAGGGCAUGUAACACAUCAUUAACUCCCAAAAAUAGUAGCCAAAAAAGGGAACACUCUCGUAUGGUUGCUAUUAUUGUCACCUCUUCCAUUUCCUUACUAUUCCUCAUAUUCGCGGUUGUUGGGAUCAUUGCACUUUACUGCAGAGGACGCCAAGGGAGUGUGCAAGAAUACAAGUCCCAAUCGAGGAAUGAAAAUCUCUUUUCAAUUUGGAAUUUUGAUGGGCGAGUAGUGUACGAGGACAUUAUCAAUGCCACAGAAGAUUUCAAUGAUGAGUACUGCAUUGGGGUGGGAGGGUCAGCAAGAGUUUACAAAGCCAAGCUACCAAGUGGCCAAGUUGUCGCUGUUAAAAAGCUUAGCACCACAACCGAAACCAUGGAGAUUGAGGAUCACAAGAGCUUCAUGAAUGAGAUAGCGACGUUAACAGAAAUAAGGCACCGGAACAUUGUGAAACUCUAUGGCUAUUGUUCUCAUGAAAGGCACACAUUUUUGGUUUAUGAGUUCCUGGAAAGAGGAAGUUUGGCAAAUGUGUUGAGCAGUGAUAAGGAGGCGAAGGAGUUAGAUUGGUUCAAGAGGGUGGAAGUUAUUAGAAGUGUGGCUCAUGCUUUGUGUUACAUGCAUCAUAGUUGCAUGCCUCCAAUAAUUCAUCGUGACAUAUCCAGCAAGAAUGUUUUGUUGAGCUUGGAAUUGGAGGCUCACGUCUCGGAUUUUGGCACUGCGAGGUUUUUGAAGCCUAAUACCUCACGUUGGACCUCGGUUGCAGGCACAUAUGGAUAUAUCGCACCAGAGUUGGCAUACACAAUGGCAGUGACAGAAAAAUGUGAUGUGUAUAGUUUUGGGGUUUUGGCAAUUGAAGUUUUGAUGGGAUCACAUCCAGGGGAACUUAUUUCAAGGCUAAAAUCAUUGGUUGAUCAAAGAAUAGAACUUGAAGAUGUGUUAGAUCGUCGUCUCUUGCCUCCUUCUAGUCAAAAAAUUGAAGAUGAACUGAAUUCCAUUGUGAAGCUAGCACUGUGGUGCUUAUGCGUUGAUCCACAAUCGCGACCUACCAUGAGUGCUGCAUCUCAGGUGCUUGAAAUAAAGGCUAGUGAUCACUGGGUGCCAAGCAACAACAAUCAACCUCGGGCAAAGUAAAUUUUAAAUUUGAAUAAUUAAAAAUGUGUAAUUUUGUAAUAUGUGAUGAUUGUAUGUUUGAACUAUGUGGAUUCUUUACUUUUUAUCUUAUGCUUUGAGAGGAGUUAUCCCAGUGUAUAAUUUUUCUCAAUAAAAUUUUAGAUAAAAAGGGAUAAAUUUAUAAA